AUGCAAGAUAUGAAGAUUUUUGAUACACACGCACACUUGGGUCUUAUAGACGAAGAUCCUAUUAGCCAAGUCAUCGUUGCUCGUGAAGCAAUGGUAAAGAAUGUAGUUGGUAUAGUAAAUAUAUGUAAUAAUCUAAAGGAUUUUCGACCUCUAUAUGAUAACUUAAGCAUAGCAAGAAAUGUUUAUUUUAGUGUUGGAAUCUCUCCCACUGAAGUAACACAUACACAUUCCAAGUGGGAAGAUGAAAUUCACAUGCUAGCACAGCUCAAUAAAGUUAUUGCGAUAGGAGAGACAGGUCUAGACAGGAAAUAUGGGAAUAAGGAUCUCCAAGUUGAGUUUUUUAUUAGGCAUUUAGAGAUAGCAGAAAAGAUAAGAUACCCCAUCAUUAUACAUAAUAGGGAUGUAGGAAAAGAAAUCUUAGAAGUACUAAGAGAAACAAAGCCAACUAUACCUAUUAUUCUUCACUGCUAUUCAGAAGAUUGGAACUAUGCUCAAAAAAUUCUGGAGAUUUUUCCUCGAGCAUACUUUUCAUUUACAGGAAGUGUAACAUACAAAACCGCAAAGAAACUACAGGAGGCAGCAAUGCAUAUACCUGAAGAAAAUUUACUCGUAGAAAGUGAGUGCCCGUUCAUGAUUCCCUCGCUACUGAAAGGCAAAAGAAAUAAACCGGGAUAUCUCCACUACACAAUUGAGCAUAUAGCAGCAUUACGUGAAUCUGAUAAAGAAAGUAUUGCUGAGGUGCUUUUUAAUAACGCCUGCAAGGUAUUUGGGGUAACGCCGUCUUCAUAG